UGGGAUGGGGGGGGGGUCGGUCAGCUCCCUUGUCUUCCUUGCUUAGCUCCUAUCUGUCUAGGUCUACUGCUACUGUUUGCAUCUGAAUACUCCACUCAAGCACUCCCACUUAUGUGCAGUGGCGUUGCGUUACUUACAAUGAACAGCACUUUCGUUUAUGCCUCUCAGGCCUUCUUAGCUCGUCUGUGCUAUAUAUGUAGUUGCCUGUGUGGGUUCUGCAUAGGAGCGAAGAACCAAAAGGUGGUAAGAUUCCACGCAGCAAGAGAAACAUCAGAAAUUAUUAACAUGUUACGAAACUCAGAAAAACAGUGUUUUCAUAGACAGCAUAGAUGGGCCAAGUAAGGUUUUGAGAGCCGUUGUGUGAUCUUAAGUUGUGGCGUGUGUUUUUGGCUGAUGCCACGUGUUGAGACUCAAGGAUUUAUUGCAGAGCUGAAUAAUAUGUGUACUAUGCCUGUUCACGCACGUCAGACUUAACAUUUCAACUUCUCUAAACAGUUACUGUACCAACUUUAUGUUUUUUUUUGUUUGUUUUGUUUUAACAUGCUAUUUAUUCAAAGCAUGGCUUUGAUGUCCCAUCUUUUAUCUCCUUUUUUCUUUUCUUUUAAUGAAACCACUCCCAGAGCACUCAACUCUUUAAGGUAUAGAAACAUAUUAAGGAACUGGAACUGAAUAGGACACUUCCUUAAAGCCUUCAGAAGGAAACUCUACCUAAUGGCGAACAGUGUGACCAUUAAACACUUGACAAUUAAAUACCUGCUACCUUUCUGUUUAGACAGAAACAAAUUGGGUGUACUUUCAAAUUUGCCCAAUCCUCCUCAAAAACAGAGGGUUUACAUUAGUAACAUUACAACUGUGCGUUCAGUCUGUAACUUCAUGGACAUACUACUUAAAAAGCACCUGUGUCAACCCAGUUUGCAAGGAUUAAUUUGGAAAGGUAAAUCUGUUGACACCUUCAUGAUGUUCUUUAGGGAUGGAAGUUACCGUACUGUUUUGGUCUCCAAGAAAGAUGUCUUGGCAUUCGUGACUCACAGAAUCUCCCGUUUUUGUGUUUUGUUUAAAGGCUUGUUUUUUUUCUUUGUUUUUUUGUAUCUUCGUCUUGGCCAAAAUGAACCUGAAAUGUGCAGAUUGUAUUUAAAAUGAAAGAAAAAAAUAAUGAAAUUAGGUGUUGUUGUGUUCUUUCAACUCAUUUUUGUUUGCAUGUUGACAUUGGUGACUGAUUCCGUGUUCUUUCGGGUUACAAUGGGGAGUGAGUACUUCAUUGCUUGCAACGCUGCACAUGUUCUAAUGGUUUGCUUGUGUUCAUUUGUUCCUGGUUACACCUUAAACAAACCAUUUCUGCUCGCAAUGACACAUAUUUUUAUAUCAAACCAACUUACUUAAGGCCAGAUGCCUCAUGUUUUUAGUCUUGUAGUGUUGUCAAUAUAAAUGUUAUAACAUUUCCUAGUAGCGGUGAAGGGUGCAGUGAGGGCCUAAUAGAAAUGUCAAUUAUUCUGCAAACUAUUUUUGGUCAGUUGGCAUCUCUGAAAGAUAUCUCACCCACCCUACUAAACUGAGGAGACUAAAGGGUGCGGUUUUGAGUCUAAAAUACUUCUGGGCAUACAGAAGGCUGAGUUAUGCAUUUCUGAAGGAACUGGGGAAAAACGAAAACCAAUAGGCUAUUCUAGCAUUGUGUUCUGUGCAAAGUUUAUUACUUUCAAAAUGAGCAUGGAAAUGUACAAUUGCAUUGAAAUACAAAACAGAAGAACAAAAGAGGCUACAUAAAUGCUAUGUAAUGUUAGGAAAUUAUGAUUUAAAACAGCCCUCAUAUUCUUCGUAUGCGACCUGCGUAUUAUAUGCAUAGGGUAAGAGUCAAAUUUGUAAAAGGGACGGUGGAUUGUAACAUGUACAUACAUUUGCGAAGUAAUGUAAUUCUCCCACGCGACUUCGGUGAGUGCAGUCAGUGCCUAAUCUCUAUCGGCUGCGUGUGUUGAGUUGUAGUUACCUUGGUUACCACAGUAACGGGGAAACGAUUGUAUAAGCAAGCCUGAUGCAAUGUAUCCUAACUAGCCAAACCAUCGAAGUACUGUAGUUAGGUCGUACGACAAUCUGAUAGUUUCUCGGUGACUUUUAAGUUAAUUUUAAAACAUUUAACUUUUACGCUGCAUUUAUUUUUAUCCCGACAGCUCAAAUAUUCGUUGGCAAAUGCAACGACCUAAAUAUUUCACACCGAGAGAGGUGUCUCUGCACAGCACAUUGGAUGAUUUAUGGCUGUCUUACCUGGGUAAAGUGUAUGAUUUGACACCGUUGGUGAAUGAGUUCAAAGGUGAUGUUAUCUUGAAGCCCAUAAUUGAAUGUGCAGGGAAGGACAUCAGUCACUGGUUUGACCCUAAAAAGAAAGAUAUACUGACCCAUAUUGACCCACUGACAGGCUGCCUCAAAUACUAUACCCCUAGGGGGCGCUUUGUUCACGUUCCCCCUCCCUGCCCACGCACAGACUGGGCCAAUGAUUUUGGGAAGCCUUGGUGGCGGGACAGCUACUACGAGGUGGGCUUACUGUCUGCCAAGACUCGCUGGAUACGCAUAAUCAACACCCUCACCUCCGAGGAACAGACAUUGGAGGUGUGCUCAGAGGAGAUCCUGGAAGAGAUCGUACAGCGUUACUUACGCUAUAACUCCCAUGCAGCCAGUUACACCUGGAAACACAACCACUUAAACCUGGACAUGACCAAAACUCUGUGUGAGAAUGGCAUCAUUGAUGAGGACGAGGACUUCUACCAGUGUCGCAUGGACCAUGACCUUCACACCGAGUCUAUAUGUCUGUACUUCAACGAUGACCUCACUGAAUUUUGACCUACCGACUAUAUAGCAGGGAAAUAUUCCAUGUGCACUAAAUGAAAACAAGUUACCAUAAUAAAAAUCAGGUCACCGUAGUAGAUUAAAGCCACAUUUAGUUUUAUUUUGACACGCACAUGCAUCCAUAUUGUAGUUUCCUGCUCUCAUAUGCUAUCUCCCAGGGUCUUGCUGCAGCAUCAAAUGGCGUGGUGUGAGUAAAUAAUAAAAUAAAUGAAAAUAAUGGUGUGCAAUAAAACCUCAGAAUAAUACAGUCAA